AUGCCUGGGCCCAGGAAGCGUCCGUACUCAAACAUUGACUUUACUCUGAGAAAGGUGUUCAAAAAAGCCGCUUUCAGACCACCACAACGCGAGAUCGUCUUGGCCACGUUAGAAGGUCAAGAUGUCUUUGUCCAGGCUGCCACUUCAUUCGGAAAGAGCCUGUGCUAUCAGCUACCCGCAGUCGUUGACUUUGGCAUUACAAUUGUCAUCUCUCCGCUCCUAGCACUCAUGAACAACCAAGUCGCUUCGCUGCGCAAUGCCAAUAUCCGUGUCGAAACAAUCAACAGCACAACCCCCACAGCAGACAGGAAUAGGAUCAUAGCAGACCUUCAAUGCGGCCACCCCCUUACUCGCCUACUCUACGUCACCCCGGAAUUUUGUCAAGGCGAUCACUUUCGCAGAAUCCUGCGGAUAAUCCAUUCUCAGCGGGAACUGGCCCGCAUCGCUGUCGACGAAGCCCACUGCGUCAGUGAAUGGGGCCAUGACUUCCGACCAUCCUUUCAGCAGCUGUCAUUUUUCAAAACAGAAUUCCCCGACGUACCCGUCAUUUGCUUGACGGCUACAGCCACGGCCCGUGUACGAGAUGAUAUCAUUUCCACGCUGGCGCUGGACCCAAAGAAAGUGGCCAUGUUCCGGAUGAGCAGCAGCAGACCCAAUCUCCACUACGAAGUACGCUUCAAGUCUGACGAGGAAGAUCACUAUGACGAUUUUGUCGCUCUGCUCAGAGCCAUCUACGCCCGCCGCGCCGACAGACCUGAGCGCGCCUCGCAGCUCGCCUCGCAGAACCAGCGCACAGACAAUGUCCCAGGCAUCAUCUACACGCUCUUUCGCAAAGACUGCGAGUCGCUCGCCGCGCGCCUCCGCUCCGACGGCAUCGGCGCCAAACCCUAUCAUGCGGGCCUGUCCGUGUCUGAACGCGCAGAUGCCCUGUCCGGCUGGAUCGCCAACAAAGCCGGCUACGACAUUAUCGUCGCCACGACUGCGUUUGGCAUGGGCAUCGACAAGGAAAACGUGCGUUUUGUCGUGCACUGGCAGAUUCCCAAGUCGUUCGAGGGCUUCUACCAAGAAGCCGGGCGCGCAGGCAGAGACGGCAAGGCCUCGCUGUGUAUCCUGUACUAUGGCCGCGAGGACCGCGACCGCGCCGCGAGCUUGAUGUCGAGAGACGCGUUGCGGCAGCCGCCCAGGGGCGCGGGCGCAGAAGCCCAGCAACAGCAGCUUAUGAAUCGCGCGAGAAGCCUGCAGGCGCUUGUAGGCUACUGCGAGGCCACGGACAAGUGUCGGCACAAGCUUAUUGCAAAGUAUUUUGCGGAUGAGGGGCCGACGCCGUGCGACUUUGCGUGUGAUUGGUGCAAGGACGCCGAAGCGCUGGUGAAAAGAAAGGAGCGUGGGCUGGCGAGCGAGGAGUGGUGCAGUACGCAGAGGGCCGAGGGGCGAUAUGAUAUCGACGAGUAUGAAUGA